CUGCGCCUUUAUGAUUGAUUAUAACCAUAACCUUUCUUGCGUGCAAUAAUCAGAAAUCUAAUUUUUGAAAAAAUAUUUAUAGUAAUGCCAAGAAGUGGAAAGUUAAUUGAAGAAUGAAUGACAACCAUAAUGCACAAAUUUAUAUUUACGAAAUACCUUAUUUCAUUCGUAUGGAAUUAUGUAGAAUCUUAAAUGAGAAUGACAAGUGGGAAGAAUUGGGAAUAGGAAUGCAAUUUAAAUUCAAAGUUGUCAAUGAGCUUCGAAAAGAGAGAAACCCGACUGACGAGUUACUAACCAAGUGGAGUCAAUAUAACCACAAAAUUUUAGAACUCUUUAUUCUUUUAUCAAGAAUGCAACAUUAUCAGGCAAUGAAUAUUUUGAGACCAUUGGUAGAUCCGAAAUAUCAUCUUCUAAUAGAUAAAGGAGAAGGAAAUUUGCGGAAAAGAGGCAAAGAAAAAUUACAUAAAAAAUCAAAGGAGAAGGAUAUGAGUAUUGAUACAAAAAAUUUUAAUCAUGUUUCUCCUACUCAGAAUAUUGUUCAAAAAGUAGUAUUAAAGAAUUCUGAAGAUGAAGAAUGGCGUAAAAUAAUAAAUCAACCAAAGAAAUUUAUGAGCCCGCCUCUUCCUCAGAGUUAUUCAAAUAAUCUUUUACAUGAAUCUCCGAUUGAUAAUAAUUUACCCCUAGCAAUGUUUGAUGAACUUGCAAUUGGUACUAAUAAUUGGAAUAAAAUGAAUAUCCUUGGCAAAGGUGGAUUUGGAACAGUUUACAGAGGUGUUUGGAAGAAUACUGAUGUUGCAAUAAAGAAAAUAGAACGUCGCAGUGGAAAGUCCGACGAGAGCUACGCAACACAACUUCAACAAUCUUUAAGGGAAAUAAGAAUUUUAAACUCGCAUCCCCAUGAUAAUAUAUUGGCCUUAUAUGCUUAUAGUGUAAAUGGAGAGGCGCCGUGUCUUUUAUACCAACUGAUGCCUAAUGGAUCUUUAGAGGAUAGACUAUUACAUAAACAUAAAACGGAACCUUUGUCAUGCGAACAACGAUACAAUAUUGCCAUUGGGACCGCAAGGGGUUUACAGUAUUUACACACUAUUGGAGGUAAGCCUUUAAUUCAUGGAGAUAUUAAGAGUGCCAACAUUUUAUUGGAUAAACAUUUUGAGCCGAAAAUUGGAGAUUUUGGUUUAGCCAGAGAAGGACCAGAGGAAAGUUCAAUGAAAGUCAGUAAAAUUUUUGGAACCAGACCGUACCUCCCUGAAGAUUUCAUUUCUAGUAGAAAUUUGUCAACCAAAAUUGACACUUACAGUUUUGGGAUCGUUAUUUUUGAAUUGGCAACUGGAUUACCUGCCUAUGAUCACAAUAGAUCAGAAUGUAAAUUUUUGAAAGAGUUAAUGGAUAAAUGGGAAGAUGAAGAAUAUGACAUUUUAGUGGAUAAGAAGGCAGGAUUUAAUCAAUCAACUUUUAUUUAUUUAAUAACACUAGGAAAGUGGUGUGCAAAUAAACUCGCACAAAAUAGACCUGAAAUGGAACAAGUUUAUAAAAAUUUGAGUGACUCUAGGAACCGAUUUUUUAUUCUUUCAACAUAGAUUUUCCAAGUAUAAAUGUUGAGAUGUACUUUUGUUUAAAUUAAUCUCUGCUGUCAAGUUUUCUGUUAUUUGUAACAUCUAUUUUUUUAUAAAUAAACACUAUUUUAUUUUAGUUAUAAAAAAUAA